AAGUGAUCAUAAGUAUGGGAAAUUUUCUGUCUUCUUGCUUCCAACACAGAGAUCAAAACAUUACAGAGGACGAUUCAGGAGACAUAAUAAAGUUUACUCUUGAGGAAUUAAAUGCUUACACGGAUACGUUUAGUGAAAGAAAAUUCAUCGGCUUGGGAGGAUUCGGUCGCGUUUAUCGUGGAAUCAUCAAAGGGAGGCAAGAGAGACAUAUUAAUGGCCAACAUAUAGCUGUUAAGUUCUCCCGCAACGAAGUUGAAGAAGAACGAACCGAGUGGAUGGCUGAAAUGGAGUACUUACCAAAAGUGAGGCAUCAAAAUAUCAUCAAGCUAAUUGGAUACUGUGAAACUCAGGAAAGGUUCUACCUUGUUUAUCCAUUCAUGCAAAAUGGGACUGUCUUGGAUAAAUUAUCAGGCCUGGAUUGGAGCAAAACCCUUAGAAUAAUCAAAGGAGUUGCAAAUGCCAUACAGAAGCUACAUGGGUUUACGCCUGCACUUGUCCAUAGGGAUUUAAAGCUGCGCAAUAUUCUGCUCGAUAAGAAUUUUAUUCCCAAAGUAGCUGAUUUGGGGAAGGUUACACCAGAGGAAGAAAAUAUAAACUCAUCAGGAAGCAAAACAGAUGAUAUUUACAGUUUUGGAGAAAUAAUAUUGCAACUAAUAACGAAAGAAAAUAUUACCUACAUUGAAGCUAAUUCUAGCGUGCCUCGGCGAAUUGGGGAUUCAGCAAUCAGAGAUUACCCUACACAAAAAUUAUUGCAUGUAAAAUUAGAAAGAACUGGAUGUUCCGAAGAGGCUGCCAAGGCAAUUACAGAACUUGGACUGGAAUGUGUCAAACCCCAGCCACAAGACCGCCCAACCAUUGCUCAAGUUCUUGACAAGCUUGCCUAUUUAUCAUAGGCCUAGCAUAGUGAAAAUCUUUGCAUCCUCUGGUUUAUUUGGAUUUGUUUUGUGCUCUUCGUGUUGGAAUAUAGAUAAAUGUUUGAUGCCUAGAAAUGUGUGUGGCUUAUAAAUAAGUGUCGGGCAUUUAAUGAGGAGUGUUGAUGCUGUAUGGUGACUGCCAUAUAUACUCAUCUAAAAUAGUGUGUCAUAUAACGUGGAGCUAUCUAUAAUAUUAUUGUUUUGAGGA